AUGAUGGGCACUAAAUCAAUAGUUCUAUUAGGUUCAAUAGGUAGUGGGAAAACAACCUUAUUUAAUAAGAUAUGUAAUGAAUAAUGUGAAGUAAAAUCAGGAGGAUAAUCAAUUACAAGGUAAAUCUAAUAUUAAGAUUAAAAGAAAUGUAUUUCUGAAAUCUUCAGCUUAUGGAAUGGGUUUUAGAGUAUUAGAUACUCCUGGUUUUGGUUCAGAUACAAAGAAAAUUCUACAUGCAGUAGGUGUUAUGAAUGCUUUAAGUGAAGGACCGGUAAAUGGAAUCUUCUUUGUUGUCAAAUGGGAAAGAAUUGCAUCAAUGAAAAUUAAUAUUAAAAUCUUAUUAGCUAUAUUCAGAAGAUACAUUGAUAUUGUUACUCUUGUUGUAACACAUUGGGAUACAGCUGAUAUUAAAACUAAAACAAAAGAUUAAGACAAUUUCAAUUAAGCUAUGAAAGAAUAUAAUAUUGAAAGUGUUUUGUAUGUUACAAAGAGAGAAUAAGGAAAAGGAAUUUGUAGAAGAAUUGAUUAAAUCUUAAUUUCUAGCAAAUCAUAAAGAGUUAAAUUAACAGAUACAGAAUUUUAUGCUCAUUUUGAUUUAAUUGAAAUGUCAAAUGAAUUAGAAUUAGCAUUAGAAAUUGCUAAAAGUGAUGUUGUCAAAAAUUUCUCUAAAAUUGCUGUCUAAGUUAUUAAAUUUGUAAGAGAAUUUGAUGAAAAAGAUAAUAAUUUACCAGAUAUUAUGCAUGCCUUAUCUAUUGAAAUUAAAACUAUUGCAGUUAAGACUAUUGAAAAUUUUGAAAAAUAAAAUGGAGAUACUUUUUAAAAAUUAUAUGAAAGCUUUACUGAUCCAAGUAUGGCUUAUUUAGUAGAUUUUGCAUUAAAAAAAGAAUUAAUGGAUUAAGUAUCAGAAAUUACAAGGAUGACACAAUAAAAAAUGAAAUCUAAUAAAAAUCACUUUUAUCAUUAUAUUAAAGCUUGUCCUCAUUGUGGUUUAAUUUGGCUAAAAGUAGCAGGCUGUGAUGGAUUAACUACUUGUGGUAAUUUCCCAAUUUCUGAUUAAUAGAAUAAUAAUAAUAAACAAUUAAAAAAUCUCAAAUCUAAUAAAUAUGUAUUUGAAAUCACACCUUAAAAAGUAACAUAUAAGAUUAUUUAAACUACAUAACAGAAAAUUAAAGAUUAUAAAGAACCAUCUAAAGCUACUAAGAGAGGUUGUGGAAGACCUAUUCUAUGGUCUGAAAUACCUCCAUUAUCAGAAUAAUAAUUAAAAGAAUUAGUUGAUCCUGGAGUAUUAGAUUAUUUAGCAAAAGAAGUACCUAAAGAAGAAAAUUUAAAAAAUUUAAAAUUAGCUAAAGAUCAUUUGAAAUGGCAAGUUGAUAAAGCUAAAAUAUAAUCAAAAAUUAAAUAUUUAUGA